AUGGUUGAUAUGGUUAUGUUUAAAGUCUUUGUCUUAAGAAAAUGCUAUAAUUUCAGCAACGGUGGAUACAGUGGAGCACCAGUGACCGAAGGCACACGUGCAUCCAUAUUCCUUGUAGAAUCUGAUAAGGUCACUCAAACAAACGGAGCGUACUUCAACAAUAGUGCAAAAAGAGUGAAACAAUUGAGUGAGGAUGCAAUUGACCGCGAGCAGCAAGAUCGUCUUUGGGAAUACACCGAGAAACUGUGUGAACGUCAUGGAAUCAUCUUUUCAUGA